AUGGUCACAGUACAGUUAAAUAACAACACAAACAUUCAUGCCACUCAGCACACACUUUAUAAGUGGGAGACCAGAUACUGCAGAUCUUCACCAUCUGAAACUCGAACAGCAGUUUCAAGGGAAACAAACCCAGCAGAUUUUGAAACUCACUUUUACACAUUUAAAGAGAUGCUGUACAGAGUUUCCCUGCAUCCCUGUCCCCCUGCUAGGUCAACAGUAAGCAUAACUCAGGGUACUAGUGCCUUACCUACCAACAGCAUGAGACCUUUCCACAGGUGGUGGGUCAUCUGUACAGCCCUCAUCGAGACACUUCUCUUCUCUGGGGCCCUCCUGGGUUGGAAUUCUCUUCUGCCUAUGCUGCAGUCUGAAGGAGUAUACCAGCACCUUUGUGAUGAACCAGCACUGAAUCAGACUCCACAUGUUCUCAAAGCAGGGCUGCAAUACCCAGUGUUGGAGGAACAGUCAUGGGAUACUGCAAAGGGAGAAGUUCCUGAUUUUGGUAGUGAUCUACAGAACAAUCAAAGCCAGCAAGGUGCAUCUACCAUUAUGCCAGUGAGACCCCAUUUCUGUACUGCACAAGGAAGAACGUUAAAUCUGGUUUUCACCAUUAGCUCAUUUUGCCUGGGAUUCACUAUCCUUCCCCUCCAGAUCAUCCUUUAUGUGGUGCGUGUUCAACAGAUCCGGAAAAUUGGAUGCUCAGCAUUUGCUGUUUCAUGCCUUCUCCUGACAUUUGUUUCCAGCAAACCACAGAGUUUGUCAUCAUUUCUCAUGCUUGCCAUGGCCUGCAAAGGGAUUGGCGGGGCCUGCAUUAUGUUCAGCUCCCUGAUGGUACCCCCAGUCUGCAACUGCAAUACCUUACACAGAAAGCUUCCUUCACUUCUAGGAGACAUCGGACCUCUCUAUUCUGCCUUAGUCCUGGCUUGUUACACAGCUUCAGCCAGCAUGUACACCUUGAUAAGGGUGCUGUACCUCUUGGAGACCCCCUUUAUUCCUCUCAUGCUUAGCUAUGGUGCUCUUUCCUGUUUUGCCUUCAUCAACAGCUACUUCAGUUGGUCUUUUCAAUCCAGUGAUGGAGCUGUCAGUGAACAGGGUGGCUACAGCAUCAAGAUAAAAUUGAAGUUCUUCAGCCAUGUUUAUCACAAGCCUCUGCACCGUGACAGUAGCCAGCGGGCCCUCAGUAGGCGAUACAUGGGGUCUCUCAGGGACAAGGAGAGACUGCUGAUGCCACAUGAAAAAAGAACACUCACUUUCCAAAAACAAGGUACACAGAAAGUAACCCAGUCACUGGGACGCAGCUUUAUCAGUCCAGUGUUUCUGCUCAGUCUUUUCACCUGCUCCGUCACUCAGUUGUGGCUACAUUUCUACAUGGGAUCCCUCAACAAUACACUUCACUACCUGGCUGCUGGAAAAGAACGGCAAGAUGAUCUCUACUUUUCUGUGUUUGGAGCCCUCCAGAUGCUAAGCUUACUGAGCACUCCAGUAAUGUCCGUCAUCCUGGGAUCGCAUCGACACAAAGUAAUCUACCACAACACCGAAGAAUCAAGCUGUCCCAUGAAAAAGGCUGCACAUCUAAGGAAUCUAAUUGUCAGCUUUACACUCCAAAACCUUUUCCUGACUGCUUUUGGAGUUGUCUGUCUGGUACCACAGUUGGGGCUGCAGGUGCUGGGCUUCAUUCUUCACACCAUUGUCCGGAGCUCCUCGUUCCUGUCCUACUGUGCUCUCUAUACUGUUCUGUACCCUGCUGCCCAUUUUGGAAACCUGAUGGGAGUUUAUGUGCUGACGUCUACCAUCUUCAGUCUACUGCAGCAUCCCUUGUACCUAGCAACCAUAAGCUACCUUCAUAAUAAUCCCUUCUGGGUUCAUCUUGGAUUCCUGAUUGCUGCUUUCCCAGGUUUCAUGAUUCCACUAUACCUCUGUGUGCGUAGAAGCAGUAUUGUCAGGCACAGUGACACUCUGGCACCUGCAGCACGCAUGUAAACAGAGAGAGAGAGAGAGAGAGAGAGAAUGCCCGGAAACCUACAACAAUGCAAACUGUGGAACUCUGGCUGCAUAUGCAGAUAUCAAAUUAGCUUUCAGUUUUCACAAUGAAGAACAGCAUGUGUUUUUCCAGACAACAGUACCUUUUGGAGGGUUCCUAUCAAUUUUCCAGAUUAGUAUCUCAAAUUCAAAGCAAAGGCUACAAGGACAAAAGUGGUAAGAAUUCAUGCAAGACGUUCAUCUUCAUUAAAUGACUGUGUUCCGCAACUAAAUCAGUCUGGUAUGAGCACAACCACCGUUACCUUUUCAAAUGCUGCUGUUGUAAGGUAUCUCUACUGGGAUCAGAGUUCCUUAUUCCUUUUUUUUUUCUUUCUGGUUUAUAUUCAUUUCAUGAUUUAAUAUACUACAUAACAGUAAUAUACAAAAACACCCUGAAUGGGGUAUGACAGGUUUGGUAACAUUUUGUAAGAGACUGAAUUCUGUCAAGGCUCUCAGUCAUAUACCUUAGGUACUGAUGGAAUACUGGGAGUGUAUGUCACACAGCAGUGAUAUCAAUCAGUGGAAGGAAAUGUGUGCCACCAGGCAGCAAGUCCAAAAAUAUUAUUGCUGAAUUCUUUUCUGUUAAACCACUACUACAGUGUCAGUUUGACAUUUAUUAACUACCUGCACAUAAACCUUCAGUCCCUUCUGUCUGCCUGAUCACUUUUAACAGGCCAAGACAAAAUUACAGACUGUGACUGUAGAAGGGAUGAGAUUGUGGACACAUUUAAUAAUGUCAAUAAAUAAUAUGAAUUCUGGAUCACAUUACAUGUAGGAGCAAUGUUACAGUACAGUUUCAUGCAUACCUUUCAGAAAUGUAAAAAUGUCUAAAAUGGGUAUCCUUCAUUUAUAUUUAUUCCACAAAAUGAAACUGCUUUCUAGAUAAUACCUACUUUACAAAAUAUAUUGAAGUAACAAUAAAUAAUUUACAUUCAAA